AUGGAGAAAGAGGGUUCACGAGUUAGAGGCCUGCGAGCCUGGAACCACCAUGUCCAGUCACUCCUGGGAAGCCACCGCCGUCGUCCAAGCUCGUCGCCGCCUCUGCCCAGCACUGCCACAAGUGAUAGGUUGUCAGAAAAUGCCGCUGCAUCACCGGGAUCCACUACCGCCGCUGUCAGAGUCGCGUGGAAGGAGGAUGAGCUGGGUGUCGCUGCCCCUUGCCUCUGCCGCCAGAGAGCGCCGCUGAAUCCUCUGGCUUGGGUUGAGUAUCGGUGCUUGCAUGUCGUGUUCGGAGUUUUCAGCUACUUUGUUAUGCUAUUUCAACUUCUCUUUUUAGGAAACGAACAAAGAAGCUUAUGAAGAGUAGU